GUUACUCCCUUCUUUUCCCCACCGAAAUGAUCGAGAAACAAAUUUUAAAAAUUCGGUUCCAUGUUUAGGAUGUAAGUGUGAAGGUGUGUGUGGACAGUAGAUGAAUGAAGUCAGAGGUUUCUGUCCCACAUCUGACUCCACCUCCUCCACCCUCCUCACACACACUCACAGAUCCUCAGGCGAACACAGUGGAGGGAAAAGAGGUCUACUCCUCCUCACUCCUCCACUCCUCUUCCUUCAUUCACAGAGAAACCUCUGAGCCGAAGCCCUUCUUCUUCCUGGAUGGACCCUCAGAGCCAUUAAGCUGAUAGCUCUGGAUGGAAACCGAAGAUCUGAGCUGCUGGGGGGGGGAAGCUGCCAUGAACUUUAGCCGGACUCGAGGAGCCUCCAGAGUGUGAAGGACACAGAGCUCGGAGAAGAAGGAUCCACAGGGUGUCGCGUGAAAGGAGACAAGACUGAUUUAAAAAUUGCCUCCAGUUUUUUAGGCUUUCGCCCCUGGACCAUGAUGAGUUCAGACGUGCGUGAUCUGAACUCCCUGCUGCCCUCGGUCCCGCCGGGUCCCAGUCCCGGCUGCACAGCGCUGCCAGUUAGCACGGCCCCUCAGUGGGCUCCCGUCCUGGACUUCCACACCGCCGCCUCCCCUUACCCCUCCCUUGCUGCUCCCCACUCCUCUCUGGGGCCCCACUCCUUUAUCAAGCAGGAGCCCAGCUGGGGAGCCACAGGGGACCCCCACCACCACGACACAGACCCCCACUGCGGUCUCAGCGCCUUCACCGUGCAUUUCUCGGGUCAGUUCACGGGCACCGGGGCCUGCAGGUAUGGGGCAGCGUUUGGGGCCCCUCCUCCUGCCCCGGCGGCACCCAGCCAGCCUACGCCUGUGGCGGCCCCUCACCACCACCAGCCCCCCAGCAGGAUGUUCAGCAACCCGUCGUAUCUGAGCAGCUGCAUGGACACCCAGCCAGCGGCCCGCAACCAGACAGGUUACAGCACGGUGGCGUUCGACGGGGCCGGUAAUUACGGGCACACUCCUACGCACCACAGCUCGCAGUUCUCCGGCCACUCCUUCAAGCACGAAGACGCCCUAACCCAGCCGAACACAAUGGGUGAGCAGCAGUAUCCCGUACCGCCUCCCGUUUACGGCUGUCACACACCGUCGGACAGCUGCGCCAGCAGCCAGGCUCUGCUGCUGAGGAACCCCUACAACAGCGGUGACAAUUUAUAUCAAAUGACCUCUCAGUUGGAGUGUGUGGCAUGGAACCCUGUCAAUACACUGGCAUCCACCAUGAAGAGCCACGCACCGGGCUACGACAGUGACCCCAGCACCCCGAUGGUGUACAGCUGCAGCACGCAGUACCGCAUACACACACACGGAGUCUUCAGGGGCAUUCAGGACAUGCGGCGGGUUCCCAGCAUCGCUCCGGCCAUAGUUCGAUCAGACGCCAGCGAAAAGCGCCCGUUCAUGUGUACUUAUCCCGGAUGCAACAAGCGCUACUUCAAACUGUCGCAUCUGCAGAUGCACGACCGCAAACACACAGGGGAGAAACCCUACCGGUGUGACUUCACAGACUGCGGCCGCAGUUUUUCCCGCUCUGAUCAGCUGAAAAGACACCAGAGGAGGCACACAGGAGUUAGACCAUUCGAAUGCGAGACGUGUCAGAGAAAGUUCUCUCGGUCUGACCACCUUAAGACACACACACGGACUCAUACAGGUAAAACAAGUGAGAAGCCGUUUAACUGUCGGUGGCCGAACUGUCAGAAGAAGUUCGCCCGCAGCGACGAGUUGGUGCGGCACCACAACAUGCACCAGAGGAACCUCAGCAAGCUCCAGCUUUCCAUCUGAGUCGCAGUUUUAAACGUGCGGCUCACUCCUGACGUGAAAGUAAAAAAUGCCGAGUGUCUGUAGAGUCAGGUUAAAGAGUUACAAUUUUAGAUUUAAAAAAAACAACAAAAAAACUGUCUUACGGUUUCAGAAUCUCAACUAAGCUGUCUGCAGGCAAAAGUCCUGGCUUUUCUAUGUAAAUGUCGUGUAGAUAGGAGAACGGUGUGGUUUGAAAUUUUGUUUGGACUUACAAUACUGUGCAAAACUCUCCGACCAUCCAGAAUUUCUCUAUACUCUGCUUCCAGCGUGUGGCAUUUCCUUGGAUUAUUUUAAAGUUGUACAGAUGAUUAUUUCUCAAGGAUUUGUGAAGGUCUUUUUAAAGUUUUGUUCUGUUACUUUUAGUUGACUUUUCUAAAGGCAAAUUAAGAUUUUCCCAUCCCUGGAGGUUAUUAUUAUUAUUUUUUAAAAGGCCAGAAAUUACCAUAAACACUGCUUAGCUGGUUCUAGUGCUCACUUAGCACCAGCUCUUUUUGUUUCUGCCACCGAAAGCAUGAACUUUGUCACCUUAAAACCGGUUCUGCGUUAACAACGAGUCUUUACUAGUCUAGAUGUAAUAACUGUGACAACUUUGUUUAAAAUGUCGGUUUAAUUGUCAAUCAAUGCACUGAUCUUGGGACAUAAGAAACUUGUUUAUUCAGUAUUUCCCGUCACAUAGUGACAGCAGCUCAAGCCAGAGCACAGAGUUGGUUCUGUUAAUUUUAGUUAAAGCAACAGUCUGCAACCAGCGGUUCUGGAGCCAUUUCUUCCAUUUUCCAUUAUGGCUAAUAACUUUAAUGAUUAGUGGACCUAAUGUUAGUUACUAACAUAUUAAAUCUCUGUUCUUAAGCAUAAAUAUAAUAAAAAAAAUGCAGGUUUUAAGAGUUUUCAGAAUUAGCACAACAGAAAGUACCAGUAAUAUUUUUAGAUGCUUUUGUUUUUUUGUCGUUGAAAACUGUGUGCUUUUUUAACACAUAACGUUUUUCACAAAUAUCAACGUCCCAUUGAAGAAAAUGUCGCCUCUUUAAAAAGAAAACAAAUAAAUAAAUACAUGUAUAAAGGCGGUUCUUUAAAAUUUAUGGGAAAAUUCCCAUAGUAGACAUUUAUCAAAAGCUACAUAUGUUGAUCUUUCUGAAAAAUAUUAUGAAAGGCCAAAAGUUGUAAAUGAGUUUUUCCUCAGUUGGACUCAAAGCAAAAAAUUCCUGUUUGGAUUAAAAUGUUUGUAGGUCCCUGAUUUAAAGGAAAAAAAAGUUUGUAACUUCUCAUUAGAACGUAAUUUCACUAAAACUAGGUCAAAAAUAAAUAAAUAAAUAGAUAAUUCUUGAAAUGGAGAGCAUAGCUCCUGUUGGUCGUUUCUGAUCAGAACAUUUCUUUUAAGCUAAGCUGGGCAUGCAGACGUCCGGAUGCAGGAAAACCGAUAUAAGUAAUGGGGGUUUGUGUGGUUAAACUGUCUGCCGGUGCUGCAGUCCUCCACAAUAAUUCAGAAUACAACAGAGAGAGGAUCAAACAUUCACUGUGCAUCUAGUACUAAACCGGGGCUGGUGCUAGAGCUGCUUCUUUCCUAGCUCCA